CUAAUUUUUAAGCAGUUUGGCGGAUAUCCAGUGUGUAUCGAUGUGAAUAGUGACAGGAAGAUGUUUUUGAUGUACGAAAUUCCCAAACUAUUUUCCAUCCGAUGCCUGCUGGAGCUUGCAUGGAACUGAUUUCUUUGUAAACAUACAGCUGCUGCCUGCAAAAUGGAGGUCCACAACAGGCGGCCUUACUCCAGACUGAGCCUGAAGGAGGAGUUUGAUUUUGAUAUCAAUGACAUCAGCCGGGCCUCCACUCCAACCAGUACCAUGAGCUCAAAAUCUGAGGGGCGGAGACGAGAGAAAUCACACAGGAGUCACUCGGUGGAUGACUACAAACGCAAAAUAGCACGACUUAAAAGCGAGUUAGAGGCCGAAAAAGCAAGGACCAAACAGAUUUAUCGUGAAAAAUCCUCGGAAAUUAAGUCUCUUCAGGAGGCGUACAAGAAAGACAAGGAAAAGGAGAUAAGCAAAUUAGAGACAAAGUUAAGUCAGGAGAAACAGAAGGAGAUAGAGAUCAUACAGGAGAAUAUAGCCAAAAAGAAGGACAAGGAAUUACAAGAGGUGCUCAAGUACAAAGAGGAGGAGGUCAAAAAUCUCAGGGAAAAGUUUGAAGAGGAGAAAACUAAGGCCCUUCAGUCGGUUGUGGAGUCAGAGAAAAAACAGUACGAAAAAAAUGCAGAGAAAAUGUCCAAGGAGAUCGAAAAGCUAAGGGAGGAGAAAAAGAAAAUCGAGGCCGAUUUCAAGAAAAAAUGUGAGGACCAAACGCGCAAGGAAAAAGAGUUCUCUGAGGUCAAAGAGGGCUAUGAUGCAGAACUUCGAAAGAUACUCAACGAAUCCAAAAAAUUUGCAUUUGGGAAUUUACAAAAACUCAAAAAAGCUGAAAAGGCAUUAAGUGAGGGAAUAAUUUCAGAGGAUGAGGUAUUAUCUAUAACAGAAUCGAUUAGUCUCAGGGGAACUCCGUUUUCGGAGAUUUCUAAUCGCACUCCUAGUCGUCCCUUAGCCCUUCGCACAGCAGAGGAUUUAGAGAUUGAAAAAUAUCUAGCUUCUGCCACCCCAUCUCCACACCCUGGAUCCACACCUCUGGGAAAGUCAACUCCUGGAUCCAUUUCAUUAGGGAGGUCAACUCCUGGAUCCACACCCCUUGGAAAGACUUUUACAUUGGAUGGAAAAUCACCCUUUCGUUAUAUUACUGUUCAAGAAAAAACUGACGAAGAAGACCAAAGCAAAGAG